AUGGACCUCAUCCUUUAGUCUGGACGCCGCCAAGCCUUGAAAGGACCGUGCACGGACCACACGUAUCUUUGAAGGCAUCAAAUCCGCCGCGUCGCAAUUCCAGCAGAUUUGCCAGUACCAGCUCCUCCUCACCGCAUUACAAACGCAGUCUCAGAAAACUCAUUCCUGGAUCCUUUGCGACACGUGAGGAGCUGCGAUUUAUCCAGGAAGUUCAGAGUCAUCUCCACGAUCAGCGGCACAGCAAGCUACAGAGCGAGCUGCUUGCUCCUAACAGAGGCCGCUUCAUCUAGAACAAUAAGCGUGACACGAUCGCCUCCACAAAUCGAGUGCUGAGCCAUGUAUAAUCCUUAUCAACCUCCCGGUCUCUAUGGCCGUCCUCCAGAAUUCCCCGGUUUUCCUGGCGCACCACCAGGCAUGGGUCCUCCUCCCGGCAUCGGUGCUGCGCCUGGAACGGCGCCUCCCCCAGGUGUGCAGCAGGCAAACGCUGCGCAGCCAGGUCGACCCGCUGGCUUCCCCCCGAACUUCCAACCGCCUGCGAACAUGCCAAACAUCAACUUCUCUGCGCCUGUUAUUCGACUCGGUACUUCAGGACCUUCAAAGUCAGCUACACCGGAAAGUGGUAGAGAACGUGGCGGAGAGUUUGGAGGGAGACGCGCAGGCCUGGGUUCCGGUACCCUGGAGUCGCAACGACAGAAUGUACGAGAUGCUAUGAUGCAGCUACAACCGCCGACCAAGGAGGAGAUUGUUCGGACUAUUUUCGUCGGUGGGAUUACUGAAGGUACCGGAGGCGAUGAAGGUAUCGAGAGGAUUUUGCGAUCCGCUGGGAACUUGAGACGCUGGAUUCGCGCCACUGAUGCGGACGAUAAGCCUUGCAAGUUUGGUUUCGCAGAGUACGAGGACCCUGAAAGCCUAGGUACUGCUGUGGAAGUACUAAACGACGUGGAAGUUCCUGUAAAAAGACAGAUGCCGUCAGAGGGCGAGCAGGAGCGUGAGGUGGAAAAGAGCAAGUUAUUGGUCGUGAUUGAUGACAGCACUCUGAACUACCUCGAACAAUAUGAGAACAGCAGAGGUGACAAGGACCCUGCAGAGCUUCAGGCUCGUCUGGAUAAUGCGCGCAAGACUCUUGCUAGCGUAUUAGAAGACCUAGCAAACCCUACUGCUCCAACUCAAAAAGAAGAUGCUUCCGUGAUUGAUCGCGAAGGCGACACUGCUAUGAAAGAUGCCGACGGUCAGAACGAAGAGAACGCUGCUGAGGUCGUCACUAUUCCUAUCACUGUCGAUGAUGAACUGUCCGACAUCCCAGCUGAGAUGCGAGAGACUGUCGCUAAGGAGAUUGCUGCUUUCCGCGAGAGGAGCAACCGCAGGGAUCUUGAGCGUCUCAAGCGGGAGGAGGAAAUUGAAUCUAUGGAGCGGGCUAGGAAUGCGGGUCCGAGAGUCAACCGCCUCGCAUCUCCGCCUCGUACGGCGCCCAGCGGUCCUGCUGGAGGCGCCAACGGUAUCCCUCUCGGUCCUAGGGACAGGGGCGUACCAAAUGCGCCUUCCGGACCCAAGGGAUUUGGCGUGCAGAUUCCAAAGGAUUACCAGAAAGGUGUUUCCUUUGUCAACGGAGGAAUCAGCGGGUCUACUGCUUUCGAAGAUGAAGAUACCGAUGCUAGUGACGAAGAACUCGAGCGAAGGCGGAAGGAGAAGCGGGAUGCAGAGCUGGAAAAACUGUAUCUCGACCAAGAGCGGCGCUGGCUGAACCGCGAGCGGAGUAGAACAGCAGCUGUUGAACGAGAAAAGAACCGAGACAAAGAAGAAGAGGCGAAGGCCGACGAAACCAAGGAGGCUAUGGCUAAACGUCUUCGAGAAUGGAACGAUGAUACUGAGGCCAGCCGAAAAGUCGAGGACUAUUAUGCGGAUCGUGGUGCUUGGAUUCGGAGCCGUGCUGCCUUCAGAAGCCGAGAGCAGGCUAUGGAUGACGCUGACCGCGCUGCGGAGGAACGAGAGAAGGCCCGAUCCCAGCAGCAACGAGAACAGGCCCGCGGAAUGGCGGACGACUUCCUCGCUCGCCAGGCAGAGGAGCUGGAGUCUCGCCACGAAGUUCCAAGAGAGCCCCAGCGCUUCAAGCUCUCUCUGGGAGCCGCCGCGCAGAAGGCUCAGGCCCAGUCGACGCGCAGGACAGUUGCGGAAGUCGAGGGUCUUCUGGAAGACGAAGAAGAGACAGGCAUCACGCAGAAGCGUGCCCUCGUCCCCAUCAAGUUCGAUUCCGCAGCAGAGGCUUCCGGGCUCACAGAAGAAGAGCGUGCCCAGGCUGCCAGACAACUGGCGGCGGAGAUCCCGACAGAGAAGGAAGGACUAUGGAAGUGGGAUGUCAAGUGGGAAUUUGUGGACGAAAGCGUCCUCACCGAGCAGCUCAGACCGUUCGUCGAGAAGAAGAUUGUGGAGUACUUGGGAGUGCAAGAGCAGAUGCUGGUGGAGGUUGUGGAAGAGCAUGUCCGCAAGCACGGGCCUCCUCAAGAACUUGUGGAACAGCUAGAAAUGGCUCUGGACGAGGAAGCAGAGGUAUUGGUGAAGAAGCUUUGGCGGAUGAUCAUUUUCUUCUCCGAAAGCGAAAAGAGAGGUCUUUCUGCGUAAAUGCCGGAGGAGCAUUAUCAAGAUGCUUCUUGCUGAGUAGCUCACUUAGAAAACACCAUCUUAUUACAAGGGCUUCUUAUUGGUAGUUUCAACUAUGUAAUGCUUUCGAUACCUGGGACUCACGGGUUCACACUUUAUGUAUUACCGGCAUACUAGCGAUUCUGAUGAUCAUUCUACCAUAGUGAAAAUAUGGCGCUUAACGCCCAUUGUACUUAAAUUGUAGGAAACUCCACUUCCUGUCUCGAUCAC